GUGAAGAUAACAUAUGCCAUGUCGGACUCAACUAGCGGACAAGACAGCAAUACCAUACGUGUAUUGGUCAGUUUGGCCGUAGUGCUGACCACUGUAUCGGCUUGGUGGAAGCCUCAUCAACACACGACCUGGCAAUGGCAGCUCGAGAAUGACGACGGCCAUUUGGUAAAGACAUACGCCGUUGACAUGUAUGACAUCGACCUGUUCGAUACGAGCGAAAGCGACAUCCAGUACCUUAAACAUCACGGCCGGAAGGUAAUCUGUUAUUUCUCGGCUGGUUCCUACGAGGCAUGGAGACCGGACCAUCAUGACUUCCCGUCAAGUGUUCUCGGACACGGGCUGGACGGGUGGGACGAGAGAUGGCUGGACAUCCGUACGGACGCUGUUCGAAACAUAAUGAAGAAGCGCCUAGAUCUGGCGGUACAGAAGGGCUGUGACGGGGUAGAGCCAGACAAUGUAGAUGUUUACUCACUGUCUACGUCUAAACAAGGCUUCCACACUCACAUCGACGAAGACGACCAACUCGACUUCAACAAGUUCAUCGCGAAGGAGGCUCACGCCCGCGACCUGUCCGUGGGACUGAAGAAUGACGUUGAUCAGAUCCACGAACUCCAGUCAUACUUUGACUGGGCCCUAAACGAGGAGUGUAUGGAUUUCGACGAGUGUGACAAAUACCAACCUUUCAUUGACCAUCACAAGCCUGUGUUCCACGUGCAGUACUCCACCAAAAGUCACGGGUCCAGCACGCGCAGCCACGUGUGCCACGCCUCCAGCAGUGACCGUCCCCACCAGUUCAUGACCCUUAUCAAAGAGAAACUAGUGACAGACUGGAGACUCGCCUGCUAAACUGGGACCAGUGAAAUUUCGUCGUAGUUUGCCUUUUGCAAAUUAUGUAUAACCAUUUAUAUGGUCAAUGUUUUGAUAUAUACCAAAUGUCUACUUUUGCCUUUCUGAAUGUUUGUUGAUAUGAAAGAAAAUCAUAUUCACAAAAAAAAUGAAAUAAGACGAAUAAAGAGUUUGUGUCAGUGUC